AUGGGACCUCGAUCAGCUUUCACAUGGCCAGGUCCCCUUGAGACAAGUAACUCUGGAAACAGUUUGCUAAGUCCUGGACUGCCUUCAAUGGGACAUGUUUCUGGGAGCAGCCUCACACCCCCACCACAGUCGAGAUCCGUGACCUCGAGCCCCCCACGACUGUCUCUUUCGGCAGACCAGCGAGAAGUCAAACGGCAGUCAGAUAGGGCACGUCGAGACUCGAGGCUGGUGAACAGAAUGCGCCGCGCUAACAGUAACCCUUACGUCGAUUCUGCGCCUUCGGCUUUGGGGCUUGCCACUACCACAACAGCUAUGAACAUCUCAGCCUAUACAACGGCACCUGCUCCCGUGACUCUCAUGAGCGAUACUCCGACUACAAUAAGCAGUUCAACGUAUCUUCAAUCUUACAGCCCAUCCCUCGAAGACCAGCAACCGCAAUCCGCACCCGUUUAUCCUACCUCAUACCCACAAGGCUUGUAA